AUGGCAGAAGACUGGGGCAGCCGCGGUGUCGGACAAUUCCUCUCCGACCGCUUCAGCAAGCCGGAGGGACCGAUCGAUCCCACCCUCCAUCGACUACGUACGCCUUUCAAUGUCUGCAUCGUCGGUGCUUCUCGCGGCAUCGGAGCCGGAAUAGCUACCAGUUAUGCCAAAGCCGGAGCCAGCGGCUUGACCCUCGCCUCGCGCAGAAUCUCCGGACUCGAAGAGACCGCCAGGCAAUGCAGAGAUAUCAACUCCGCGGUCGACAUUGACAUUGUGGCUUGCGACAUCACCUCGGCCGCAUCCGUGGCCACACUGGCGGAGAAGUGCAAGGCGAAGUUCGGCGACCACUUGGACGUUGUGGUGGUCAAUUCUGGAUACUCCGGCCCUGUCAAGUUGAGCGUCCUCGACACCGACCCGGACACGUUCCAAAAUGCGAUCAACGUCAACUACGUUGGCACCUUCUUGUGCGCCAAAUACCUGAUCCCUCUUCUACUCGCAAACGCCACAGGCGCAAGAGCAUUCAUCGCCGUCAGCAGCCUGGCUGUUUGUCUGGUACGAGGACCAAUUGCAAACGCGCAGUACUGUGUCAGCAAGGCUGCGCAGCUAAAGCUGAUGGAAAACAUCCACGAACAAUUCUUGCCACAAGGCCUUCAAAGCUUCAGCGUGCACCCCGGGGCGGUGUUGAGUGAGAUGGCCGACGAAACUGUGCCGGAUGCCUUCCGACCCCAUCUGACCGAUAGCACGGAUCUGUGUGGUGCUUUCUGCGUAUGGCUCACCCGUGAUGCGGCGAGCAAGCAAUGGCUCAGCGGUCGAUUGCUCAGUGCGACGUGGGAUGUUCGAGAGAUAGAAGCGAAACGAGAAGAGAUUGUUUCCAAGGAUCUGCUGAAGUUAAAGGUCCAGGUGGUGUAG